CCGUUACUGACACCAGCUGUUUUGGACUCUUCGCGAGAGGGUCUACAGAAGCUGACCGGUGAAGCAAUGCGGCCCUCGGAUGUAUCUAGAGAUAAUGACGACAUUAAUGGGGGAAAUUCUUCAGGUUCUGAUGCAGAGUACAUGAAGCUUCUUCCGUUUGCUCUGUCCUUUUCCGCUGCUCCUACUUUCUUUCUGAGAUUGCACCUGAAGCUUCUUAUGAAUCAUAGUGUCUCCAAAAUUAGUUUUGUUGAGCUUAAUCAGGAGAAGAGCACUGAAACUGCAAGAAUUUUGGCUCAAUCUAACAUCGCCAUAGAUGACUGCUCAAAGAAUGAUGUGGGAUUCCAUGCUAGCCAAGAAGUUCCAUCAAGAGAAAGUCCUUGUGAUAGGAUUCACAGUGGUAAUGCUGUAGUUGGUGAUGAGGUUGGCCAGGUGCAGGAAGGGCAAGGAAACUAACGCAGCAUCAGAGAAAACGUCAAGGCCUCUGCUUGGUGGGGAGAGGAUCACAAAUGGUGCUUGUCCUUCUUUGAAUGGUAUUAAGAUAGAUACUCCCCAUUAUAAUGAAGGUGAUAAGCCUGCCAAUGAUGGAUCCCUGCGUGGUUUGCCGCCUACUGGUAUGGCUUGCGAUAUGAAUGGCAGCCUCGUUCCCAGUCCAAAUCCCACCGCACCAAGAAUCGUAUGGCAUCGCAGUAGAAGUAGUUCAUUUUAUGGACACUUCUCACGUGGUUGGUCAGAUGCAAAAUCAGACGGUUCCCUGAAUAGUUUGGCAAUGGACCGAAGAAACCACGGACACAUGUUACUUACUCAUAUCCUUCUGGAGUUCAGGUUCAAGUUCAAAGCCACAGCAGAGAACAAUUCCUCACAAAAGAAUCAGGAAACCCAAUGAAAAGAGGGCCUCAGAUGUCGCCUGAGUUCCUCAAAGAAACUGGGAGUUGUUAUCGUGUCAUGCGAACUUGUUAAUUACAGUGGGGGACAAGGAAUGGAGAGAGAGUGGGGCAGAGGUGGUACUUGAACUUGUUGAGAAUGAAUGGAACCUUGCAGUAAAAGUUUCAGGAACCAAUAAAUAUUCUCAUAAAGCACAUCAGUUUCUGCUGCCUGGGUCCACUAACAGGUAUACACAUGCUAUGAUGUGGCGAGAAGGGAAACAGUGGACACUCGAAAUUUCAGACAGAAGCCAAUGGGCUCUUUUCGAGGAGAUGCAUGAAGAGUGUUACAACCGAAACUUCCGUGCUGCAUCAGUCAAGAACAUUCCGAUUCCUGGUGUCUACGUGGUAGAAGAUUAUGAUGAUAAUGGAAUGGAGCUGUCAUUUCGCAGUUCUGCUAUCUACUUCCAGCAGGUUGAAACAGAUAUUUAAAUGGCCUUGAAUCCAUCUCGUGUCCUAUAUGACAUGGAUAACGAUGAUGAGUGGUGGAUUUCAUCUCGUCAAAGUUCUUCAGAUGUUAAUGAUAAUGGCUAUGGGCAGAUAUCUGUGGAGAUGUUUGAGAGGACAAUGGACAUGUUUGAGAAGAAAGCUCAUGCUCUACAGCGUGACCAUUUCACAUCCGAGGAAAUGGACGAUUUGCAGUUAGGUGCAGGACCAGUUGUAAGAGGUAUUUAUGAACAUUGGCGGCAGAAGAGGCAAAAGAAGGGAAUGCCAUUGAUUCGACUUCUUCAGCCACCGUUAUGGGAAAUGUACCAGCAGCAGUUGAGAGAGUGGGAGCUAGCUUUGAAUAAAGGGAACUCUGCUGCUUCUGAUGGAUGUCAGAAGGCCUCAGCUGCUGAAAGACCUCCCAUGUUUGCUUUUUGUAUGAAACCUGGGGGCUUAGAAGUCCCUAAUAAAGGCUCAAAGCAAAGGUCGCAAAAACGAUUCUCAGUCACGGGGCAAAGCAAUGGUUUUCAUGGAGAUCAGGACAGUUUCCAUGCUUUUGGGAGGAGAUUGAACGGACCUAGUUUUGGAGAUGAUAGGGCCGUCUAUUUGGGACAUAACUAUGGACAUGCAGACAAUUCUCAAAUGGCACAGACGUCUCCAUUGGGAUAUUCUCCACGAGAUGUCCCUGGCCAGGGAUAUUUUCCAAUUGGCAAUGAUGGAUUCAAUCGAAAUUAUCCUCCGAGACUACAGAGAUAUAAGUCAAAGAAGUCGUGCUGUUGCAUCUCCUCGACAUUCACAGGUGGUCACUGCCUACAGCAGGGGAGCCACGGGCAGUAAUAAGAAUACCCAUCACUGGAAUUCUCAUCAACAGUUUUCGUCUGAAGGCUCUCAGAGACCAUCUAGUGAGCAGUGGGACCGGACGGAUAUGGAUGAAUAUAAAUUGUUGGAUGCAUCUGGUGCAGCACGGUAUGCAUCUAAUUUAGCUAAGCUUAAGAGAGAGAGGGCACAGAGACUUCUUUGCAAAGCAGAUGUAGCAGUUCACAGAGCUGUGGUUGCUCUCAUGACUGCUGAAGCGAUGAAAGCGUCUUUGGAGGAUAGGAAGGAUGAUGGGUAGGUUAUCUGAAGAUUAUCAGUGAACAGAUUGGUAUAGUUCUCAAUUUGACCCCCGGAGAAUGUGCAGAUGGAAUGAAAAUAUUUCUCUUGAGGCGGGAGCUGGUCCAAGAUUUAUCAGAUGCUGGUGCGCCUUUCACCAAGCACAGUUUUUGAAGGAAAAGUUUGUGGAGAGGGUAUUCAUAGAGAUAUAUUUGGUUAUCACAUUUAAUUGUCGAUAUUUUGGCAGUUUUCUAGUCCAUCCUUGCAAUACCUUAGUGAGAUUCCAGUAGUCUCUUACACCAGCAGCAAGUGUAUGCCUCAUUAGUGCUGCUUGUCGUGUUUAUUUUGCAAGAGCAUUGUAUAGAAUCUUUUGCUACCAUUCUCUGUACAGUCAGCCCACCCCCUCUA